UGAGAAAUGCUAUCAAAAUAAUUUUCAGAAAAAAAUAGUACACACCAAAGAAACAAAUAAAUGUAACAAAUAAUCAUAAAUGUCAAUAAUACUAAGUAUCAGACGAGUCCUAAAUGAAAAGUUCAGCACGGGACCGGCAGUGAAUUAGUAGUCUCAUUGCCAGGUGCGUCAAAUCUCAAUCAAUGGGCGUGGCUUCAAGUGGACAUUACAAAUUGUUUCCGGUCGCUCCAUGGCUUGAAUGCUACCACCUGAGUUCUUGUAUUGUCUUGUUCUGAAUGGUCUCGUAGAAUGAGUUCAUCAAAGCCCUACAUUGGCUGUAAAAUAGGGUUACUUUCGAAAGCCCAAAAUCGUUAUGAGGGGAUUUUGUAUACAAUUGAUAAAGUGAACUCCACAGUAGUGCUUGCAAAAGUCAAGUGUUUUGGAACAGAGGGACGACCCACUGACAGACCAGCGCCAUCAAAAGAUGACAUCUAUGAGUACAUCACUUUCCGGGGAACUGAUAUUAAGGACAUCACAUUGUGUGAACCUCCAAGAUCUUAUCGUGGCCUACCCCCGGAUCCUGCAAUAAUUCAGUCAUCCAGUUCAGGCUCUCCAGGCAUCUACUCAGCUCUCGGACCAUACAGCCCCUUAAGGAUGCCUGCCUACAACCAGCUUGCUGCCAGCUCUCUACUUAAUCAACAGUAUGCUGCAGCCCUUGGCCUUGGGCCUGUUCUUCCAGGCUUACCUGUUGUAAGGGGCCCCAUGGUGGAAAAAGCUGUACAAACCGUCCAAGUGGACCGCUCUAGGCUGAGGGGAGGCUUGACUCCAUCCCGGGAGCAGGAGCGGCAAUGGGAGAGAAGGAGGCCUCAGAGGCCCAGAGGAGCGAGUUCCCAGACCAGAAGGGGCACUGGAGCCAUCAUGAAGCCAAGCCCACGUUUGCCCACUGCUCAACAAGAAACUCGGCAGCAAAACUAUGAAAACAGGUCACCACCAAGAAGACAAGGAGCUCGGAGGCGCAGGAACCGUAGCAGAGGUCAGCUAAUGGUGGCUAAUGGUCCAUCUGCCAUCCUUAAGUUUGACACAGACUUUGAUUUUGAUUCGUCAAAUGCACAGUUUAUUAAGGAGGAGCUAGAGAGGACGGUGCAGGACAGGAUGAAAGAUGGAAACCAUGAGGUAGAAGAGAAAGAAAUGCACUCAACUCCAGAGCAUGACCAUUUUGGACCAAAAUGCUACUAUGACAAAGCAAAGUCUUUCUUUGACAACAUUUCAUCUGAGAAUAAGUUCAGACUAACAUGGGCGGAGGAGCGUAAGCGCAAUCUGGAGACUUUUGGGGUCCCUGGACGGUUCAUGAGGGGCCAAGGCUUCAGAGGUGGCUACAGUGGACGAAGAGGAUGGGGCCCUGCUCAGACGCCAUCCUACAGAACCAGGAGUGGACAGCUGUAAAUGUCAGUUUGAUAACACGGUGUUAAAGCAACUUCUUCCUCCAGUGAUGGCUUCCUUGGGUGUAACUAAUGGGACUUCUACCCAUUCUAUCAACUCUGUCACUUUAUGAAGGACCUUGUUUUUUUUCUUUUUCAUUUUGUUUUCUCCUAUAGCCUUUUUUUUGUCAUUUGUCCCCAUUUUGAAUAUGGAUGCAUGGCUCAUUAAAUGGUCUACUGUGUGUGACAAUAGUUGUUUUCCCCUCAAAUUGUUUACCCAAGUUUUUUUAUUUUAAUUAGAUGGGGAGUGUUUAAGUUUGUCUGCUACUUGGAAGUAUUUCACUCCCAAAUGUGUAUUAGUUUCAUGUUGAAGUAUCUUGCUUUGCCUCUUAGGAGUACAUUUAUUUCAUUUAAUUUCAACAAAAUGAACUAAACUUGUAGUUUAAGGUUACAUCUCAUUGCUUUGUUCUGUCAUAUUGAAGCAACAAGUGAGACUAAUGUAAAUAAACUGGAUAUUGCUGGUGC